CUGCACUCUCAAACUGACCAUUGGUGCGGCCAGUGAGUGAUGCUUUGAGUUUCCCCGUGCAAAAGCGCCCUCCAUCCUCCCACAACGAUAACACCAGUCCAGAUGACGAGCUUAUUCAGCUCCAGGUCAACGUCGAAGCAGCCGAAUUUUGCCUCGAGCUAGACUUCAUGCAGUAACCGUCUAGUGUGAGUCCUCGAGAACAGACAGUCUUCUCUUCGUCCACCUACCAAAGCUGAGAGAGCGACAGCAAAGAAGGAUCCGCCGCCCGCGUCCGGAAAGUCCUCAUUUCGCCGGAUCAACUAUGUUGGCGGUGAACGCCGUAACCCUAGUCGGAACAAUGAUCCGAGCAAACCACAUCAUCGUCGAAGCCGAGGACAUGGAAUUCGCCACCGUCUGGUGGUUCGUCUACGCGGGCAUCUCUUGCAUUCUCGUGCUCUUCGCCGGCAUUAUGUCCGGCCUUACCUUGGGCCUGAUGUCCCUCGGCCUCGUCGACCUCGAGAUUCUGCAGAGGAGCGGUACGCUGACGGAGAAGAAGCAAGCUGCUGCAAUUCUGCCCGUGGUACAGAAGCAACACCAGCUUCUAGUGACUCUGCUGCUAUGCAAUGCUUGUGCAAUGGAGGCGCUCCCAAUAUGCCUUGACAAGAUUUUCACUCCUUUGAUUGCUGUUGUGCUCUCUGUAACCUUUGUCCUCGCGUUUGGGGAGAUUAUUCCUCAAGCAGUGUGUUCAAGGUAUGGACUCUAUGUGGGUGCCAAUUUCGUGUGGUUGGUUCGAAUUUUGAUGGUCAUUUGCUAUCCCAUUGCGUACCCAAUUGGAAAGGCUCUGGAUGUUAUACUUGGACACAGUGACUCCCUAUUCAGAAGAGCUCAGCUCAAAGCCCUCGUCUCCAUCCACAGCCAAGAGGCUGGAAAAGGGGGUGAACUCACACAUGAUGAGACGACAAUCAUUAGUGGGGCACUAGAUUUGACAGAAAAGACAGCGGAGGAAGCUAUGACGCCAAUAGAAUCAACAUUUUCCCUGGAUGUUAGGUCCAAAUUGGAUUGGGAAGCAAUUGGCAAAAUUCUUGCACGUGGUCAUAGUCGCGUUCCUAUAUACUCCGAAAGUCCGAAGAACAUCAUUGGUCUUCUACUGGUGAAGAACCUUCUUACGGUUCGUCCUGAAACGGAAACUCCAGUUAGUGCAGUUUCCAUCCGGCGAAUGCCUAGGUACACCCUUGACUUAUGAGUUCUCCCAAUGGUUUUCCUCUUUCAGUAUUGUAUGAUUAAUCUGGCAAAAGAAAAGAAGAUGAGAAAAAGGAAAUGUGAUUUCUUUCUUCUAUAUGUUUUGCCAGGGUUCCAUCAGAUAUGCCUUUGUAUGAUAUCCUAAACGAGUUUCAGCAGGGAAGUAGUCAUAUGGCAGCUGUGGUAAAGGUCAAAGACAAGACCAAAAGUCUACAAUCUACGACUGAUGGAGAAGUUUUCGACGAAAAUAAAUUUGGGAAUUUUAUUUCCAAGUUGAGUACCCCGCUCCUGACCAAGCAAGAUAAAUCAGAAAAUUUCGUGAUCGAAGUUGAAAAAGCAUCGAGGAACACCUCAAAUAAGAAAACACAGUUGCUUAAUGGCAUUGCCACGAACAGCUUACUUUCUGCUCCAGAGGAGAUUGAAGAUGGGGAAGUCAUUGGUAUUAUUACUCUGGAAGAUGUGUUUGAGGAAUUGCUUCAAGAGGAAAUUGUGGAUGAGACUGAUGAAUAUGUUGAUGUUCAUAGAAAAAUACGUGUUGCCGCUGCUGCAGCAGCUUCAUCUGUGGCACGAGCUCCAUCAACACGGAGGCUGACUGGUCAAAGACCUGCUGCAGGUCAAGGGAGGCAAGUACAAGGGCAAACAAAGAAGAGGAGUGGAGGAUGAGUUGUUGUCUUAAAGGGAGACUUCCUUUUCCAGCACUGGCCUACCUAGUGUAACUCGAGAAAAUUAUAAGUAAUAACGAGUCCCUUGUGUAAUUGUCGUAGGGAUUCUAGACCUCAUAAAGAAUGUGAAAUGUCCAAUAUUAGGUUUGAGGCCUCACUUAAGCUUGUGUUGUAAAAAAUUUUGAUCGAUCUUAUCAUGAAACUAACUAGUGCUGCUUGUAAGUUUGUAACAAUGACACUGUUAUAAUAUUACUUGCGGUUGAAUACUUGUUCGGUUUUGUGGG